AUGUCUAUAGUUGCCGAAGCCGCGGGCUAUAUUCAAGUAUUCUCUGAUGGCAAUGUUAAACGCUUUUCUCCUGAAAUAGCAACCCCAUUAAGCGAAUCAUCAAAUGGAUACAUAUCCAAAGACGUAGUGAUUGAUCCGUCAAAGCCAAUAACCGCUAGAAUUUUCCUUCGUCAUGUCCCGGAAUCAUCAACCCAACUUCCGGUUCUGGUUUAUUUCCACGGUGGAGGAUUUUGCAUUGGCUCGACUACAUGGUUAGGAUACCACAUUUUCCUUGGAGAUUUAUCGGUUAGAGCAAAAACCAUUGUCCUUUCAGUAGACUACCGCCUUUCACCAGAGAACAAGCUCCCAAUAGCUUAUGAUGAUUGUUAUAGUGCGCUUGAAUGGCUGCAUGUCAAUAGGUGCAUUGAACCAUGGCUUCAACGUGCUGAUCUCAAGCGCGUUUCUCUUUCUGGUGAUAGCGCUGGAGGAAAUAUUGCUCAUCAGGUUGCUAUAAAAGCUAUUAAAAGUAAUAAUUUUCAUGUUUUAAUAAAAGGGUUGCUGCCAAUCCACCCUUAUUUUGGUAGUGAAAAGAGGACUAAACUAGAACUGGCCGAGGGUUCGACCCAGGAAGUGGCUAUGAAUGACAUGUUUUGGGGGCUGAGUUUGCCGGAAGGAUCAGACCGAGAUUUUUAUGGAUGCAAUUUUGAGAAAGCAGAUUUGAGUGAUGCUGAAUGGUGCCAAUUUCCAGCAGUGGUGGUUUAUGUUGCAGGAUUGGACUUCUUGAAAGAAAGAGGAGUCGCGUAUGCAGAAUUUCUGCACAACAAAGGGGUGAAGAGAGUGGAAUUGGUCGUAGCCAAGGACGAAUCGCACGUGUAUCAUGUUUUUCAUCCUGAAUCAGAGGCCACCCGUUUGCUCCAAGAGCAGAUGAGCGACUUUCUGCAAAAUCUUCGCCUGUGA